GGGCGCAGGAAGGCGCGCCGCGAGCUGCUGUCUCGCGUCGCCUCCCGGGCUGCCCCUGCGAGCCCCGAGCGCGUGAGCGCGCCUGCGCGCGCCCGGGCCCUUCCUGGCAGGCUGCUUGUAAGAUGAGUGAAGAAGCAGGUGGGGGAGAGGGGAGGCAGCAAGCGAGAGGGCGAGGGGAGCGCGGGCGCUGAGCGGCGCUCACUUGCAGCGCGGCGAGCUAGCAAGACAAGCCUGAUUCCAUGUCCCCCGCUGCCACCCUGCCAGGCGUGCGAAGAUGAUGGCCAUGAACGCCAAGCAGCCUUUCGGCAUGCACCCCGUGCUGCAAGAACCCAAAUUCUCCAGCCUGCACUCCGGCUCCGAGGCCAUGCGCCGAGUCUGUCUCCCAGCCCCGCAGCUGCAGGGUAAUAUAUUUGGAAGCUUUGAUGAGAGCCUGCUGGCACGCGCUGAAGCUCUGGCGGCGGUGGAUAUCGUCUCCCACGGCAAGAACCAUCCGUUCAAGCCCGACGCCACCUACCAUACCAUGAGCAGCGUGCCCUGCACGUCCACUUCGUCCACCGUGCCCAUCUCCCACCCGGCCACGCUCACUUCACACCCGCACCACGCCGUGCACCAGGGCCUCGAAGGCGACCUGCUAGAGCACAUCUCGCCCACUCUGAGCGUGAGCGGCCUGGGCGGCCCGGAGCACUCGGUGAUGCCCGCACAGAUCCAUCCACACCACCUGGGAGCCAUGGGCCACCUGCACCAGGCCAUGGGCAUGAGUCACCCGCAUGCCGUGGCACCCCACAGCGCCAUGCCCGCCUGCCUUAGCGACGUGGAGUCCGACCCGCGUGAGCUGGAGGCCUUUGCCGAGCGCUUCAAGCAGCGGCGCAUCAAGCUGGGGGUGACCCAGGCGGACGUGGGUGCAGCUCUAGCCAAUCUCAAGAUCCCCGGCGUGGGCUCGCUCAGUCAGAGCACCAUCUGUAGGUUCGAGUCUCUCACGCUCUCGCACAACAACAUGAUCGCGCUCAAGCCGGUGCUCCAGGCUUGGCUGGAGGAGGCCGAGGCAGCCUACCGAGAGAAGAACAGCAAGCCCGAGCUCUUCAACGGCAGUGAGCGGAAGCGCAAACGCACGUCCAUCGCCGCGCCGGAGAAGCGCUCACUCGAGGCCUAUUUCGCCAUCCAGCCACGUCCCUCAUCCGAGAAGAUAGCGGCCAUCGCGGAGAAACUGGACCUUAAAAAGAACGUGGUGAGGGUCUGGUUCUGCAAUCAGAGACAGAAACAGAAACGAAUGAAAUACUCGGCCGUCCACUGACUGCGGUGGGGCGCCCCGCUGGGAGCCGGGGGAGCCUGGUGCGCCUCCCCCCGGGUUGGGGGGACGGUUAUGGGGAACUCCGCGGCGCUUCCGGGCAGGUUAGACUCUCUCCCCCGAAGCCACAGACUUUUCCCUUUAUCCCGCCUGGUUGCCUCCCGGCCUUCUCUUUCUCUUUCCUUUGUAUCCUCACCAAAAAAGUUUUGGCGCUUGGAAAAAAUUCAAGAAGGGCGGGCCUGGAGGGACUCGUGCUGUCCGUGGUGCUGAAAUCCGCCCUAGCGCGCUGAUCGGCGCGACCUCAGGGCAGGAGCUCCAGGCACAGGAGGGUGAAUUGGCCCCGCCGCCCGAAGCUAGAGUUCAAGCGCUACUUCGCUAAGCGCGAUUAAGCGAGGGGGGAAGGGAUGGAGAGAAAGCGAUAAAUAAUAAUACAAAGUUUAGGAUAUCUAAGUGGGACCCAGACAUGUACUGGAGAUUUAUUAGAGUAUAUAAAAUACACGUAUGUUUCCAAAGGAUAGCCUUAUACUCCCUUCUUUGCCUAAAUUCUAUCCAUCUUAUCCUUUGGUUUGCCGUAAGUUCUCAUAAGGUAGCAUGAAGAUCAGGUUCAGGGAAAGUGUGCGGGGAGUUUCAGACUUCGAGCUGUUAUUCUCCGUGGUAGGUAGGACUCCAGAAAAUGUGAACCCAGUCUGGCGACUGAAAAUGCUGGGAUCGCUUGGCUGUUUGCAAGCCCAGCGAGCACCAACACCGGCCCUGGUCAUCCUUCACGACCUGCUGGCAUUUGAGCGGUAAUUCCCGCUUGCGGGAGAGCCGGGGUCGGUAGUGUUCUGUACCAACUGAAGACUCGCCACCCCAGCUCUCUGUUCUUACCAGGUUGCGAGCUCAGCGUGGAGUCGCCUGCUCGAAAGUGACUGUAACUUCUCUGAAUCAUAUGCAAGUCCUUCCAACACAUCUAACCUCGUUGCCCGUUUAUUAUUAUCGUUGUUAGCAUUGUUAAUUCCUAUUAUUUAUUUAACUCUGCUUUUUUUCCCAUUCCCUCUAUAUGGGUGUCUCUCGGUAGAGGUUCUCUUGUAGUUUUGUGAGGGAAGAGGCGCAGGACCACCGGCCUGGACCCUUCUCAUCCCAGCCCCUCUGGCCCAGUCAUAUUUUAUUUUUUCGUUCCUUCAUGUAGUUUGCGUGUUGCUGUGUGACCUUUGGUUUCGUUCUCUGAAUAGAUACAAAUAAAAUGUUAAGUUUUAUUCUCUCUUUACCCUUUGAAUUAACUUCUUAAAUAAAUGCUUUAUUUUUCAACCCGAA